CCGGAAGCUCCUUCAAAAAGUCACAAUUUUCAAUUUUGAAAACUUACUGUAAAAAGUCAAAAGCAAACAAGAGUUUAGCGUCGUUUUGAGCUUCGUUAAAAAAAGAAUUUGCUUUAAUUUAGAGCAUUUAAAAUGUCAGUGAAAAUAGAAGUUCAGGAUGAAACAGCCCAGGGUGAAAGUUUAACUCAGGGCCAAGAUGAAGAACCCAAAGACGCCCAGGACCUGACUGGCUUUGUAAGUCCAGUUUAAAUUGCUCUUGUUUUAUUUUUUUAGCAGACAAUUGAGCGUCAUAAUAAUGGUUGUGACUGCUAUCAAGUAGUUGUUUGACUAGUUCUUUUUCACAUUUCUAGGUUGAAAAACUUCUUCAGCAAAUGGUAAGUUCUUGAUUAAGAAUUGAUAAAUACAGUCAUUAUUAGUAUAAUUCCCGGCGUACUUAAUCGAUGAAAUCGAUAAUCGAUGAGUAUCGAUAUCAAUCAAUACCAAUCGAUAUUUAUUAAUCGAUUAAUAUUGGAUAUCUAUGAAUAAUGGACGGCUUGUUUUGCUGUAACCUUUCAUCGAUUGAUUAUUGAUGUUUUAUCGAUUUUCAUUGCUGAAAAAAUCCUCAGUUAAUAUGCAUGCAAUCAAACAGAUAAUGCCAUAAUUUAAUUAAUAUUUAAUUAAAUAAUUUAAUUAAGUACUUUAAGCUGUAGCAAAACAAAUGUGAACGGAAUUCAGUAAAAAUGGAUUAAGUUAUCUGACUAUACAGAUCAAAUACAUGUAUGUGUUCCUUUGAAAAAUGGGAAAAGAUUUACUAUUUAGCUUGAACACGCGGAGACCAUUUAGGAUAAAAUUAAAAGCAUUUUGUCGAUAAAAAUUGAUAAAUAUCGAUGAAUAUCGAUAAAAUUGGCAUUGACCAAUGUCAAUCGAUAUCAAUUAAGUAAUUAACAUCGAUUGCCAUCGAUUGAUCGACUGGAUUUGUCCCGGGGCCUGUGGUUACCUCUCGCCAGCCUUGCAACUGUAGACAUACCUACAAGAUUAUAAAGCUGAGAGUUUCUUUUUAUUUGCAGCAAGAAAAGUUUCAAGACAUGUCAGAUCAGAUAAUCAAUAGAAGUAUCCUUUUUCAAUACAACUCGUAUCAUCAUACUUAAAAGCCAUCUAAAAAUAUGAUUGUUUUUAUUCACAUGUAAACCUGAUUUAAAAGUGAAAUUAAAAUCAGAUAUUAAUUCCCUCCCCUUGAUGAGUAAAAUCCUUGACAAGUAAAAUUGCCUGCUGUUAGACAGAGUAAUUUGCUUGCAUGGAUAUAGUUUUCAAUCUUAAUCCUUUACGCUUUGCCUUAAAUAACAGUCUACAGUAGACUGUUGGAAAAAAUUAUUAGAUUUUAUUUGGUAAUGCAUAAAAUAUAAAAUAAUGCAAAAUUGUCGUUACCGUAGCUAGUUAACUUUUUGAAUCGUUCAACAGCCUAAUUAAGUAACAUUAAUUCUUGUAAGUUGUAUUAUAUUUAUAUAUUGUAAAUAUGUAAGUAAUGUAUGUUUUACAUAUAUGGUACUGUCAAUGUUAAGUUUAUUAUUGCUGCCUAUUAUUGCAGGACCUUAUGUGACAAACUUUUUAAAGCCAUUGUGACUGAUUCCUCGCAUAAAUUGUAUAGCUUACUUCCAUCCAGACACAAUGUGACGUUUAACCUUUGUCAGAAACGCUUUUUUAAUGCUGAACAUUUUAAGACUGAUAGGGCUAUACUGUAUAUGAGAUCCUUUUUACCUUUGCAAUUAAUUAAUAAUAAUUUUAAAAUUUGUAAUAUAGUAGUAAUUGAUAGUUACUGUAAAUUACGUAAUUUAACCCCUGGGCGUAAAAAAAAACACUGUGGUUCCGGUUUCAUAUCGUGAAAAAAUUAGGGUCGGUAGGUUGGAAAUAAAUUUUUUUUUAAAUAUUUUUCUCAUGGUUUUGGCGGUUUUUUGCUGGGCGAUUUGCAGUAGAGUCCCGGCAUCAAUAUUGACUAAAGAGGCGACUAUUUCCUAUAGACGAAUUUAGGCAAUUUGGUUCAAUAAUUAGUGACAACAGACGCCAUUUUGGCACGCUGUACGAGCAGUCCGCAACCACCUGGAGAAAAUAGGGUCGCACAGUCAAUCACAUUGAAAAAAUAAUAGGGUCGGCAGAAAAAAAUAGGGUCGGUCGGGAACCGGAACCACAGGUAUUUUUUUUACGCCUUGGUUGCGAUGUAAUUUUUGUUAAACCUAUAACCUAACCUAACCUAUUUAAAUAUAAAGAUAGUAAUACUGUAAUAUGAUGUGGCACCUUAACUAUUACUUCAGUUGAUGAAAUGGGAGCAAGGAUAGAUGACUUAGAGAAAAACAUUGGUGAACUGAUGACACAAGCUGGCGUGGACGAACCUGAGAAGUGACUUGAUUAUAAAGUAUGCUGAACAUCUUUUAUUGUAUAUACUGUACCACCAAUUUUUUUGUGAUAGAGGCAUGCAGGGUUUAUUACUGUUUUCCUGGUACGUUAUUUUGAUAAACUUAAGGUUAUGAUGAAUACAUUUUCAACUUUUAGAUUCUUUAAAGCCCCGUUUACACUACGGUCAAUUUUUGGCACGGCGCAGAUAAAAUUGGUACCCCGUACCACUUUUUUGGUUCUUGGACUACCUAUUUAGGUAGUCCAAGAACCAAAAAAGUGGUACGGUACCAAAAUAUCGAGCAUAGUGUAAACUGGGCUUAAGUUUAAGUAUUUUUGGACACCAAAAUUGGCUUCUAUUAGACAAUGCCUUCUCAGUGGUAAUAUUAAGAAGAUAGUCUAAAGCAAGCCUAACAGGACUAAAAGCAGCGCGGUCAAACAAGGAUCAGAGUUGAUGAGAGAGCAACUCCCGUUCGCAUUUGACCAUCAACUCUGGAAACUCUCAUCCACUUUGAGCUGGUUCAAUUUUUUAUGACAGUUGAUGGGUUUUUGCUCGUUUGACUGGUAACAUCCAAUCAACUCUCAUCAGCUCUCAUGCAACCCUUGUUCUUGUUUAACAGGGAGGGGUGGGGGUAAUCGUUAAAGCUGUAGAAGUCCUACUAUAGCAACUGCAAAAUGUGAGCAUACUGCAUAGAGCCUUAACAAGCAAAUGUACAUCAAGUUCUUUUAUUUAUUUUGAUGAAUCUGGGAAGUACUGUAGUACAGCUGGUAUAUAACAGACUAUAUGUGGAUUUCAUGACAUGGUAUUUUGAAAUAAUUGACACUGACUACAUAUUAAGUAGUUGUACAGUAGAAACAUUGUACUUGCCAGGCAUUAGAAACAAAAUGAAGUUUGUAUUAAGUUAUUAAUAGCUCUUUGUAAUAGAUGAUUUUAAGAUAAAACAUAUUACCGUGAUUCAAAGGUUGGUUGUACGAAGGCCGGAUAGUGAUUUUUUUUCAAACUUCCAUUUGACAGCUCUAAGACCUAACCAGGAGACGUAUUUGUGAGGAAUGUAUUGUAACUAUAGGCCCUCUGGGGGCCUGAAUCGAACCUGCAGCCCCUGAGAUCAAGGUGGGGUACAAGCUGCACCACUGAGCGAGCUUUUACAGGGUUAAAGUAGGAGGGUUGAAGCGAACUUCUGGUGAGGUUGAACACUUUAUAAGAGGGGUUGGAGAGAUUCUAAGGUGGGUUUAACCCCCCCCCCC